CUGGGAUGGGUAAUUGUCUGAAAUCUUAAACCACCAAGGUUAACCAAACAUAACUGACAUAAUUGAAUACUGUCCUGCAGACUCAUGGCCUUGCAGCUUGCUUGCUUCUAGGUUUUGAUUGCUUCCACAAAUCCCUCCAAUUUCUCACAUGAUUAUAUUUAUUACAAUCCCAUCUCUAAAUCCAUCUCAAAUAUCUUCCAACUUUUGCCAGCCACUAGCCACUGACACAAAAAGUAGCUAGCUAGCCAUGGCAUUCGUAUACAUUUCAUGGUUUCUUUUAACUCAAAUCCUGCUUCAAGUUGCAAAACAUGAGGCUAAAGUUCCAGCAGUUAUUGUGUUUGGGGACUCAUCUGUGGAUUCUGGGAACAACAAUGGGAUUUCCACACUUCUGAAGAGCAACUUCAAGCCGUAUGGCCGUGACUUUGACGGUGGUCAGCCGACAGGGAGGUUCUCCAAUGGCCGAGUUCCACCGGAUUUUGUUUCCGAGGCUUUCGGGCUCAAAACUUCGGUCCCUGCAUACUUGGACCCCAAGUUUGGGAUUUCAGAUUUUGUCAAUGGUGUUUGCUUUGCUUCUGCUGGAACCGGCUAUGAUAAUGCAACUUCUGAUGUGCUAAAUGUGAUACCACUGUGGAAAGAAGUGGAGUACUACAAGGAGUACCAGAACAAACUCAAAGCCUAUGUUGGCCAUGACAAGGCAAAAGAGAUUCUGACAGAGGCCUUAUACUUGAUAAGCUUAGGAACAAACGACUUCCUCGAGAACUACUACGUAUUGCCCCGCCGGCGAUUGCAAUUCACAGUCCGACAGUACGAGGAUUUCCUCGUUGGACUUUCCGAAAACUUCAUUAGGGAAAUCUACAGUCUAGGGGUCAGGAAAAUAUCCCUAACCGGGCUUCCUCCGAUGGGGUGUUUGCCAUUAGAGAGAGCCAGCAAUUUCAUGGCAAUUGAUGAAUGCAUGCAGGAAUAUAACAAUGUGGCUGUGGAAUUUAAUGGGAAAUUGAAAAAUAUGGUGGCAAAGCUGAAUCAAGAGCUUCCAGGGCUUAGAAUGCUAUUUACAGAAAAAAUAUAUCCGCUGUUCUACCAAAUCAUCAAAACACCUUCAUCAUAUGGAUUUGAGUAUGCUGACAAGGCAUGUUGUGCUACUGGGACAUUCGAGAUGAGUUACCUCUGUAAUCAGAACAACCCAUAUACGUGCGCAGAUGCAAGUAAGUUCGUAUUUUGGGAUGCCUUCCAUCCAACGGAGAAAACAAAUAAGAUAAUCGCAGACCAUGUAAUUGGCGAUCUUUUAGACACCUUUAAUUGAUUUAUUAUUGGAAAACAAACAAAAAGGCCAAAUGGCACACGCGUGAGCGAGCUUUCUUUUUGAAGAAAAAUCAUUUCUUCGCUGUGGUAAAAUAGUAAUGCGUGUGGUUUCUAAGGGUAGCAGUCUAGUAAAGUUUACGGUAGAUCAUCCAUCUAUACAACCACUAUCGUUACUAUUUCAUCUGAAUUAAUUAUAUCUCACAAAUCGUGUGAUGAUCUUUGCUUGUAUUGUAUUAAUGUAUAUUUCAUUGAGCUUUCAAAUGGUAAUGUAUGAACUAAUAUUUC